GCAAUUGAGCUUCAUACUGUGUGCAGUUUGUGGAAGAAUCUCCCAAGUUUCAGAGUAAAGUUCUGAUUUUCUUCUGAAAAUACUCUCCAGUAGAGGGCAACGAAUUCGGGCGUUUUGAUACUAUCAAGUAUUCAUUCGACCAUGGAGGGAUACAAUUGGAGUUGCAAAACAUUCUUAUUGGCUUUACUGCUGAUUAUUCCUGUGAUCAUUCAGAUCUCAGAAGGUAGAGACCCAGGAGGAAAUGGACGACCUGGUAGACGAUGCACCUGUAGAUUUUGUACGAAUCUAAGACAAAUAAACGAGGAUACACAAAGAAAAACUGAUGCUAAGUUUGACUUCGACGUUUAUAACUUCAAUAAUAAGAGCCAAAAUAAUGAUCGUGAUUCCUUUGAUGGAGGUGACCUCGAAACAAUCCGUAAUUGCCCUGAGUUCAUAAAUCUGUGGGGAAGCCAGGAACUUGCAAAUCAAGUAUUGAAUGCCCUGAAAGGGGAAGUUGACAACACGAAUGGCAGGGUGACUAGAGAAAAUUUCAACACAGUGAUGGAAAAAUUCAAGAAGUCUGAAUCCAAAAACGCAAAUGGUGCAGAGCCUGACAAGGAUCCGGAUUCAAAAGAUAAAAAACGAAAACCGAAGGGACCAAAAAAGUAGGGGCUUCCGGGAAUGGAAUCAGAUGUCACCAACUAUGACAAUGCGUUUUGAUACUAGGCUAUCAAGUAUUCAUUCGACCAUGGAGGGAUACAAUUGGAAUUACAAAACAUUCUUAUUGGCUUUGCUGAUUAUUCCUGUAAUCAUUCAGAUCUCAGAAGGUAAAGAGCCGGGAAAAAAUGGACCAACUGGUAGACGAUGCAACUGUAGAUUUUGUACGAAUCUAAGACGAAAAAACGAUGAGGCUACACAGAGAAAAACUGAUGCUAAGUUUGACUUCGACGUUUAUAACUUCAAUAAUAAGAGCCAAAAUUAUGAUCAUGAUUCCUUCGAUGGAGAUGACCUCGAAACAAUCCGUAUUUGCCCUGAGUUCAGAGAUCUGUGGGGAAGCCAGGAACUUGCAAAUCAAGUAGUGGAUGCCCUGAAAGAGAAACUUGACCCAGUAGAAGGCAGGAUGACUAGAGCUAAUUUCAACAGAGUGAUGAAAAAAUUCACUGAUUGUCAAUCAAACAAUGCAAAGGGAUCAGAGCCUGACAAGGAUACGGAAUCAAAGGAUAAAAAACAAAACCCGAAGGGACCAAAAAAGUAAAAAAGUAAGGGCUUCCGAGAAAUGGAAUCAGAUGUCACCAAAUGAUGACAAUGAUCACCAAACAUACAAUCAUCCAAAAUGAAUCAUUGAGAAAAAAUAUUAGAAGUAGAUAGUACGGUAGUUGAAUUAGAUAAAGUUUUUCGCUUCAAACAUUUAUGUAGCUUACAUAAGUAGAAUUUUAAAUAAAAAGUAGCCUCCUAGUGAUUUUGUUAGAUUAAUAUUAUUGCAUGAAUUGAUUGA